UAUCAAUUGUACAAACCGCAUUUCUCUUGGCAUUCACAUUCACCAUUUGCUCGCCCCGUCUCUGUUCUCUGAUUAUUGUACAUUCCCCACAGAGACAGUCACCUCUAUUUCUCCAUUCAGGUCUUGUAACUUCCGCAGACACUUUAAUUAUCCCACCCACGACUAGUUUCUGCGCCUCUCUUUCCUACAACCCAACACUUCCAACACAUCCUGAUUGCAACUCUGCUUUCCGAACUACACACAACUACCGAAUUCCACUCAAACCCCCAACAUCCGUCCAAAAGAUGUCUUCCGCCCCCUCGUCUUCUACACGCUUUCUGUUCCCAGAUACCGGGCCCAAGAAGAAAGAGCAGCCCGUCAGGUUCCCCGUCGCCCAGUAUGAUCUGGACGAAUUCGCUGGGACAGCCUCCAGAUACGAUAAUCCCACCGAGGGCGUCAAGGCUCUGAGCGAAGAUAUCUCGGACGCCGCAGACAAGAUGGCAUGGGCUCUAUCGUCAAAUGAGGACACCCCUUUCAUCAUUACGUCCGUGUCGUCCACGGUGCGAGAAUGGGGCAACCGCCUGACUUGCCUCGCCGCGCAGAUGGAGAAGAUGGAGGCCGACCGGAUCAAAGAUGCCUUGGCCAGCAUCACCCGCGAAGAGGAGAUGGUGAAAGCCCACGAGGCACAGAUCCAGCAGGAGCGAGAGGAGAUGAACGAACUCCUCUGGAACGCGCUGGCGCAGGAACAGCAGCGCGAGAAGCAGCAGCGGCAGCGGGAGCUGCGAGAGCAGCAGCAGGAGAAGAAGAAGGAGUUGCUGCGACAGAAGAAGCGGGAGCAGCGGGAGAAGCAGAGGGCGCAGCUGGAUAAGAAGAUGCUGCUGAAGAAAUGCCGACAGGAGAAGGCCGAUGAGGCGGACGAUGAGAGCUCGGAUGUGGAGUCCGUCCCCGCUGCCGCCAGCAUGGUCUCCAAACCCACUUCCCCUCGUAAGGGAUACGCCUGCAAGAGGCAGAAGCUGCAUCACAGCGCUGAUGAGGAGGCUAAUAUACCCUUGGGUUGGGGAAGUGGUUGGGGGUGGAUGAGGGGAUGA